CCGCAGAAUCAGAAUCAGAAUCAGAACUGCGCUGAAAAGGCAGAGCCAGCCGAAAAGGCUAGGAAAACUAAUUUCGGAAAAUCAAGUAAAAACUGAGCGAAAUACCAAAGAGUUACGGAAAAGAAGGCUGCCUUGCUGCUGCCUUCUGCCUGACUGCCACGACACUUUCUUGUGUGAACGAGCGCCAAAAAGGCCGCACUGUCGCACCACACCACCCCCUUUUGACAGCGUCCAACCAGCACACCCAGCCAUUGUGCCCCAUCAGGCAUCAGGCAACCUCCACACCAUCCAUCGUAUCUCAAUACUCGUAGAGCAGAGCUGUGCUAAGAUGCGAUUCGGUCUCAUGUGCACACAUAAUGGAAUGAAGAAAAUUCCGUCCGUCUAUAGCAACAGCAACAGCAACAGCAACACUAACACUAACACUAACACCAGCAACAAUUGCAUGCUGGGCUGCCAGAGAUGUGGACACCAAUACGGACACCAAUACGGACACAGACACAGACUCGGACACGGACUUGUCACUUUGGGUUGUUUUUCGGGACGGAGGGCGUUUGGCGGGGGGCCUCCAAUGGAUUGCAGUGCAGCAUAGACCGAGGCAAAGAGAUCUUAAAAAUAGCCCUCGGACAAAAGUCUGAUGAGAUCUGAUUGUAGUGGCCACUACCCCAUCCCCAUCCCAUCCCAUCCCAUCCCCAUACCAUCUAGCAUACCCAGAUCCGAACAAUGGAAAUUGCCAAAUUUAUAGUGCACCCAGAAACCCACAAAAGAGCAACAACCACCACCUCAACCAGAGGCAGUCCCAGGCCAGGCCAGACCAGACCAGACCCGCCAAGAAAACUUAUUUUAUUUGAAUAAAUUUAAUUUAAUUGCCAGCAAGAAACACGAAACAAUCUCUGAUGUGUGUGCGUCGGACCUACAUAUGUGAUCCACACAUUAGAUGAAUUAUGGAACAUGUAAAUACCACAAAUGCAAGACUGCACCACCAGCAACAGCAGCAACAGCAACAGCAUCACCAGCACCUGCAACUGCAGCAACACCAGUUCGAGCAGCAUCAGCAGCACAAUGAUAGCCAGCAGCAGUUCUGCCUCAGGUGGCACAAUCAUCAGACCAGUUUGCUGAGCACUCUGCCCGUGCUGCUGGACCAGUCACAGCUGACGGAUGUGACCAUAUCGGCGGAGGGACGCCAACUGCGGGCCCACCGGGUGGUGCUAAGUGCCUGCAGCAGCUUCUUCAUGGAGAUAUUCCGUGCCCUGGAGGCGAGCAAUCAUCCGGUGAUCAUCAUACCCGGAGCCAGCUUCGGGGCCAUUGUUUCGCUGCUCACGUUCAUGUACUCCGGAGAGGUGAACGUGUAUGAGGAGCAGAUACCCAUGCUCCUCAAUCUGGCCGAGACGCUAGGCAUCAAGGGAUUGGCGGAUGUCCAGAACAAUAAUCUUCCCAAGACAGCGAAGAGCGGACCCCUAUAUAUGGAGCCACCGAACGACAAGUCGUCGGAGUUCGAGCAUCGUGGCACACCAUCGCCGAUGCCUACCCCCACACAUACGCCCACACCCACCACCACUCCUAGUCUGCCGCUCCCGCUCCCACAACAUCCCAGCCCCGCUCUUAGCACCCCGCUUCUUGCAAACAAACUGGGAUCGGUGGGAGCAACGGCAGCAGCACCUAUGAUCGCCACCUCCCCGCUAGAGAACCUGUUCAAGUCGCUGCAGUUCUACCCAAGCCUGCUGCCGCAGCCACUUAACUUCUCGCAGACGGCUUUGAACAAGACCACGGAGCUUCUGGCGAAGUACCAGCAGCAGUGCCAGCUAUACCAGAGCGGGAUACAGGAGGAGGACGACUGCUUCGGGGCCAAGCGGCUGAAGGGCGACAGUCCGCCGAAAGAUUUCAAGCGGCUGGACAAGAUGGGGAAGAGCCUCAAGAACCCCGCGAACAACAGCAGCAAAAGUCCCACCGAGUGCUCGGUGCCCAAUCCCAUUGUGGCUACAUCGCCCAUUACCCUGCCGCCCCCGGCCAUGGCGCACUUCUCGCCCCAGCUGCCGGUGGUCAAGUGCUCCUCAGCAGGCUAUUCAAAUCCUCUAACACCUAACCAGAUGUACACCACCAAACCUCCGCUCUACAGUUGUGCUGUCACGCCCACCGCCGCCCAGCAGGCGGCCCAAAUGCACCACUCCCAGGCAGUCGCCUCUACGCCCUACAUCUCGGCAGAGGAUCACGCCAAGCUUCAGCUCCACAUCGAGCAGUAUCAGCGGGAGGCAGCUGCAGCCGGAGGCAUGGCUCUGGUCAGCGCCAAAUCGGAGCCAAAUCUGCUCUCCCUAAGCGCCGACCGCGAGAAGCAGCUGGCCUCCACCCCCAUCAAGCCGCCGUCCAACUCCAAGCUCUAUGCCACAUGCUUCAUCUGCCACAAGCAGCUUAGCAACCAAUACAAUCUGCGCGUGCACCUCGAGACCCAUCAGAAUGUGCGGUACGCCUGCAACGUGUGCUCUCACGUGUCCCGCAGCAAGGAUGCCCUGCGCAAGCACGUCAGCUAUCGCCAUCCUGGGGCGCCCUCGCCCUGCGAGAACGAGGCGCGACGCAAGCGAGUCUCCAAGCUGUCGACUGGCACAGCCACGCCCACAGCCAUGCCCACGCCCAGUCACACGAUGACCAGUGGCGACAUGGUGGGGGCGACAGGUCAGAGCUCAACGGGAUGCCCGGGCGAGACGGUGCACAGUCCGUACCUCUUUCUACCCAAUCAGUUUCAGCUGGCGGCCGCUGCAGCUGCCGUGGCGGAGUCCUCCUCGAGUGUCGCGCCCGCCUUGGAUUUGGCUCACGAGGCGCCGCCUGACAUCAAAAGUGAGCGGGAGCCGGCGGUGGCGAGCAAUGGAGAAGCGGGAGGCGGCGAAACGAGUGCGGCGGCCACUUAGUGGUGGAUGGAUGUUUUCUAAUUUCAAAUAUUGAACGGCUGCAAAGCUGGAGCACAGAUGCACACACACAAACACACAGACACUGGAAACACCCACACACAUGCACAUACAUAUGGAACUUUAAAUCCCCCACCAACAAAAAAAAAACCAACGUCUUAGACCCGGCUGUGAUACUUAGCGCAAUUCGUUUUUUUCGUCUUCUAUACACACAAACACACAUACACUUACACACACACACACACACAAACAUACACUCAUAAUUUAUUUAUUAUAAUUUAUUCUUUUAGGACAAAUUUAUAUUUCGUUUUGUUUUGAGCUUUCAGCAGCAAACUGCCACCAACGAGGCUCUCAAACCACAAAUUUCACUUUACCUUUCACUUUUGCUCUCUCUUACGCUCGCACAAACACUCUCACACCUACACAUUCUAGUAAAUUAAGUACAGUUUUUUAUAAAUAUUGUAAUUAUACACCAAAAAACACACACACCACACACACUUGCACACAAAAAGACAAGGCAAAGGACCUACUAAACCAAAAUGAAUAAAAUGAAAGAGUCAAUUUAUAAGAAGCCAGAAGAAGAUGGAUGUGUGUGUUUAUAGACAUAUAGGGUAAAGCUGAUCCCAUCCCAGGAUAUAGAGAAGAGUACAACGGGCUAUGCAAAAACUAGUAUACUUCAUUUCAUAAUACAAUAAUUUAUGUACGCUGGCGUACUUUACAUAAUAUAUCCUUGUUUCUUUUAAUUGUAAUACAAGAUUUAUAAAAGGAAGUUGUUCGAACAAAAAAAAACAAUCUAAAGUCGCUGAACGCGUGGGACUGGCAAAAACAGAUCUUUAUCAAUGAUAUGAUGAUUACAUAGCUCGCAAACGACGGUCAACACUUUUUCCCUUUGCUGUCUCGUCAC